CAGCUGUGUGCAUAAAUAACAAUAUUUUUUUAUUAUUUCUCCAAAUUUAAAUCACUGUGUUAAACAUAUUAAUUAAUUUUAGUUAGUUAAUCAACGCAGUUAUUUGUGGUGGAAUCUUGUGUGGCUCAUAAUGACUCACUAAUUAAACAGUCUUAUUUUGCAUUAACUUUCAAGGCUGUAAUAAUAAAAGGAGCAUUUGGUAGACUAUAAUGGUGAUUACUUAACAUAAUGGUCGAGGAUAAUGAGCGCGCAUACGGCAGAGCACCAAAUAGAAAUACUCUAUUGAAAAUUGUUAUAUUAGGUGAUGGAGGAGUUGGGAAGUCAUGUUUGAUGAGUAGGUUUAUAUCAAACCAUUUCGAUGAUCACAGCUUUCACACUAUAGGAGUGGAGUUUAUGAAUAAGACCAUACCAGUUAAUGGAAAAGAAUAUACAUUACAGGUAUGGGACACAGCAGGACAGGAGCGGUUCAAGUCACUCAGGACGCCGUUCUAUCGCGGCUCAGAUAUUUGCAUACUCGCAUAUGCUAUCGAUGACCGCAGCUCAUUCAACAACAUUAAGAUGUGGCUCAACGAGUUUCUUCACUACGCCGGAGUUAAGAAUGGAAUUGAGAAGUUCCCCUUCAUGGUUGUUGGGAAUAAGUCUGACGUCUCGUCUAAAGACAGAGAGGUGAGUCACGAGCAGUUGAAGCAGUGGUGUGACGACAACAAGAUUGCGACCUACAUAGAGACCUCGGCCAAGAACGACAACAACGUGGUCGAAGCAUUCUCUAUGGCCGUACAAAGAUGGGUAGAGCUGGAACAGAAAGCGGAAAAAGAGCUGGGUAUGCUGCACCACCCCGAUUCUGUCACCCUCCACGGUUCUAGUCCUGUGUCCAGUCUGCGAACGACAUGCUGCUCUAGGUUUACAGACACAUGAGCUAUUUUUGAAUACGGCCUAUACUUAGUAAUAUGAUAAAAUACGAUUGAUAAAAGUAUCUGCCGUAGAGUCUAUGAGAUUUAUUUUUAAUACGAAUGAAUCUUAAUUUUAACGUCAUAGUGACGUUUUUUAAUUGGCUAAUAGAUGGCGUUGUAUUUAUUUUUCUGCUAUUGCAGACGCAUGACGGAUUUUCUGUCAAAAUUGAAUACACGAGACUCAUUUGGAAUUUUAAAUAAUAAUAAAUAAAGUUAACGCCCAAAACUAUAAUUGAUAGCUUUUAAUUUUCUUUUUAAUUUAUAGAAAAGUAAAAAAAACAAAUUCAUAAAAUAAAAUCGUGAAAGUUCGCGGGUUCGAAUCCCAUGUCAGAGUGCCAGGGAUAAAAUGGACUUUUAAGCAUUUUAUAUUAAUAAUAUAUUUAAUUCCUUUAAAGCAAAAAACUAAACGUAUGGAAAUUUCAUUAGUAUAUAAAAAUCAGCUCCAUCUUUUGACAGUUUAAGUAAAUAUAAUAAAAUUAGAACAGUGACGCCAUCUCUCGAUAGUAAAAUAUUCAAUAAUAUGGUCUGGAAUCGGUUGUGGAACUGUUAACAAUCUGGUUAACUAAAGAGAUGUAAAUAAAGUAAUUUCCACUACAGCGAAUAUACAAUAGUAAUGUGUGAAUGAAUUAGCUUAUUAGUUAAAGUUAUUAAGUAAAAAGAGUAUUUGAGAGGUAUAUAAUUUAGUAUAUUUCGGUAGUAUUGUUCUUUUAUUUUUAAAGCUGUUUCAGUUUCAUCAUUAAUUUAGCUUGUAAACUUUUAACAUAAUUAGGUCAUCAAAUAUUUGACAUUUGGAAAUAAUUUGAAGUUAUCAUUAUACGACGUUUGUACACACAGUUGCACGUCAGGCAAAUAUCCGCAAUAAAUUUUGACCUCUACCUUCUAUGCAUGAAGGUUAAACAUCAAGUGGCGAAAUUUGAGUUUUGUAUAACCUUACGUGUUGUUGACUGUACAUUACAAUGCACAGUAUUUGUAUUUAUAGAUGAAAUAUUAACAAAUCACGAUGUCGCCGUCCAACAUUCCGUUUGUAAGAUAUUUUCAAAUAUUAAAAAUCUCACAUAUUUUUAUUUAAGAAUAGUGGAAUAGCUGUAUAUAAAGAUUGAUGUCGUUAUAUUUUAUAUUUUUAAUUAUACAUUUUACAAAUUGAAUUUUAAGAUUAUAUGGUUCAAACGCUCUGGUCGAAUCAGUAAUAGUCCUUAGGCUUCCAAUAUCGGAACACCGGGAUCUUGGGGCCGUCCAUUAUUUACGUGAUCAACACUUUUGUGCCCUCCUCCCCCUUAGUGUUACAUGGUGAGGUUUAAGACUCCUCCUCUCCCCCCCCCCCUUCCCCUCCACCCAAAUCAAGUAAAUUUUUAGUACCAAUAAAAAAUCUUAUUUUUUUAACGUCGCUUUUCUAUU